AUGGAUUUUAACAUGGCUUUUUUUCUUCUUCUUGUGCCAGUUUUUCGGCUGGGUGUCUUUGCGGGAGAGACCAUUGAUAUCGCAGAAGAAAUGCAGGGACGCAACUGUACAGUCGUCGUUCAGGAAAGGGGAGACAUAUCCUUUACGAUAUACAGUCGUAUGCCACGAGUUAAUGUCUCCAAGAUUGUCUACAAUGAUCAGAUUUUGUGGGAAACGACAGAGAAUGACAUUUUGUACCAUCACUUUACAGUUUACAGGCUCUACAAGAAACCGGUAAUCGCAUAUCUGUACUUUACCGACGCCAGGAAAUUCGACUAUGUUCAGUUCAAAUUUGAGAAUGGAGUAUGGAUCCGAGUCAACGACGGAGAGUAUCAGAGGCUGAUGGAAAAGAUGCAAAAUGAACGAACAUUUGAUAUCAAAAGACCAGACAUUGAGAAUCUUGUCAAGAUGGAGGAGUAUAGCCCAUUUGGCAUCACUGCAAGAAUUUACAUGAACAAUUCGAAAUUUAGAAUUGGGACAAUUGUAGACGGUGAGGAUGUUUUAUGGGAAUCAAAAUCAUGGGAGGAACGCUGCGAACAUAUAAUAGUGCAUGGAAGUCCUGCAGAUCCAAAAUUGGUGCACAUGUUCAUCAAACUUGCGGAUAACCACAAGGUUCUCUAUUUCGAUAAACAGGGAGACAACUGGGUUGAGGUGGAAAAGGAGCAGUUUUUCGAAACGCUACAAGAGUUAGACAAUGCCUGUGAAGAAGAUGAGCGGCCGUAG